AUGUCACGAGGGGCAAAGAGGUCUACAUCCGAGGCUGAGCUCAAGGAGGAGUCUCAGGAUAAGAGGGUAAAUGCAGCCCGAGAAAGAAUCAAGCUAUUACAAAGAAGCAAGGGCAGAGAAACAGAAACAGAAACAGAAAAGAAAGAUGAGACCAAGAGUGGACUUGACAUUGAAAUCCACCCCUUAUUGAGAAAUAUCGGUCCAACACCAGUCAUACCGAAAAACCACAACCCUCUUAAACAAAAUGUCCGAAAAUGGUUUGAUCCAAGUGCCAUCAAUCCAUAUCUAGACCAAUCUAAUCUGUCAAGUGGAUUAACAUCGAAGCAGCAACAUAAACCACGAUCAUUGUUGUUCAACCCCAAGGGCAAGUACAUUGCACAGGGAGAGCACUUACGACAGAAAUUAAAAGAGGAAGCAGCGGAGAAACAAGAACAAGAGAAGAUCAAAGCUCAGGGCUUACUUCCAGAUGAAAAUCUCGGUGAACAAUUCUAUAAACCCGAAUUUCCUCCUUCGGUUGAAUGGUGGGAUAGACCUUAUUUACGGGAUCCCAAUUAUGAUCAUAUAGGAGAUGAAUCUAGAAAAAUAUUAGACAGCGAGGUACAGCCAGUUACUUCUUAUGUCCAGCAUCCUGUUCUUGUUCAGCCGCUUUGGGAGGCAAGAGAAGAGAUCAAGCCAAUGCAUUUAACCAAAGCAGAAAGAAAACGGAUGAGAAAAAACGCCAGAAUGGAAAGACAUAGAGAGAAACAAGAUAGAAUACGUCUUGGAUUGGAUCCACCUCCACCACCAAAAGUCAAGUUAUCCAAUUUGAUGAAUGUUCUCACAAAUGAAGCCAUUAGAGAUCCAACUGCGGUUGAAAAUAGAGUGAGAAAAGAAGUAGAAGAGAGACUACAGAAACACUUGCAAGAAAACCAAGCGAGAAAGCUAACCAAACAGCAGCGUCAUGACAAAAUCUUCCAACAACAAGACAAAGACCUUCUGAAAGGGUUAUACAGUGCCGUCUUCAAAGUUGAUUCCCUUGCCAACAAACAGAAUUCAUUCAAAGUGGACAUAAAUGCCAAGCAGCAUAAUCUUGUUGGAAUAUGUCUUAAAAAUCCAAAAUUCAAUUUGAUAGUCGUUGAAGGAGGCCAUAAAGCCAUUGAACGAUACCAAAAGCUUCUUUUAAAUAGAAUUGAUUGGACUAAGAAUGCUUCUGAAGAUAAUACAGAUUUGUCUAACAAUAAAUGUUCGAUGAUAUGGGAAGGUCGUAUAAAAGAAUUGAGUUUUCAAAAAUGGAGCAUCAUGUAUUCUCGAGAUGAUGAAGAAGCAUUCACGGUACUUAAUAAGUUUGGGAUAGAAAACUACUGGAGAUUAGCCUCUACUACGUAG